GGCGAAAGCGAGCUGCGCGUCAGCGCGCAAAAUAAAAACGUGAGGAAGUGGGGCAGGGAGCGGCCGAUCCCAGCGGGGAAGUGCGGCCAAUCGCGGGCCGCCAGUGUAGGAGGCGGGACCAAAAGAAUAAAGAAAAAAAGAAUACGCAGUUGGUGUGGUGGGCGUGGCUUUUUAGGGCAGCUUUGGCGCUUCUCAGGUAAGAGAGAGAGGGAAAGGACGCGCGCGGGAAAAAGAGAGAGAGGGGAGGGGUGCGGUGUCGCGCGUGCCGGGUCCGUUGCUCCAGAGCGCGGGAAUUCGAGGGCGGACUCUGGCGGGAACUGUCUGGCUGAGGGCGCUAGGAAGGGGAAGCUCAGUCCAGUGUGCAUUUGCUUUAAAUGAAACCGAAACCAGGCACAGAGAAAUUAAUAAAAGACCCACCGGAUGUCAAAGAGAAAAACAACUACCAGACUUUUACUACUACUACUACUACUACUAAUAAUAAUAAUAAUAAUUUUUAUUUAUACCCCGCCCUCUACCCCGCCCUCCCCAGCCAAGGGCUCAGGGCGGCUAACAAGCAAUAAUAAAAACAAGUUGAAUGAAUACAACUUAAAAACAAGAUUAAAAUACAACAAUACUGUUGAAACAGUAAAAUGUUAAAAUGCAGCCUCACCACAGGAGGAGAAAGGAAAAAGAAAGACAUCUGAAGGCAGCCCUGUUUAGGGGAGCUUUUAAUGUUUAAUAGACUUGUAUUUUAAUAUUCUGUUGGAAGCCGCCCAGAAUGGCUGGGGAAACCUAGCCAGAUGGGCGUGGUAUAAAUAAUAAAUUAUUAUUAUUAUUAUUGCCAUCAAGGUGGCGUCUGUAGUUUUAAAGGCAGCCACGGCCAGGAGUGCCUCUGAGCAUGUGGUGAAAGCUGAGGAAAGCUCCAAUGGCCGGCACUUCCUUACUCCACUCCCCACAGAUUCCCUUAUUGUUUUUUUCAUAUAUUUAGUCCACCGCUUGAUUUUUUUAAAAAAUAAAACCUUAAAAGAGGUUUCCAGAAGACAAAAGCAAGUGAAACCAGCAGAAAUUCGCAACCUUACAUUUUACAACCCCUUGUGUCCCUAAUCUGCCCUGUGUUCCUCUAAAGAAGGGCUGUAUAUAAAUUUAAGAGAUAAAAAAAGUAUAAAUGUUUUAAAACACACACAAAAAGUUAACAUCCUAAAGCAGAUUACAAUCCGCUCAGCUUUCUAAGGUAGGCUUGUCAACAGGAAUCUUAGAAUCAUAGAGUUGGAAGGGACCUCAAGGAUCAUCUAGUCUCAGCCCCCUGAAAUACAGGAAUCUCAACUAAAGCAUCAAUGACAGAUGCCCAUCCAACUUCUGCUUUAAAAGUGUAGGAAUCUAGGAUGAACAGGGAGGAAGGACUUCUUUUUUGCUUCCAGUGGGAUGAUGUAAUUUUAUUUUUUGCUUGUUACAGAUGCUUUGCAUUUUGGUUGUGAGCUGCCCUGGGGAACUGCAAAUGGUGGGAAAGGCAAGAGUAUAUUAAUGCUCUUUUUCUAAAAAAUGCAAAAGGCACGGCCAGGCCAAGCUAAAAACCUAACCACGACCCGUUAGGGCUUACCAAGCGCGUCUCACAAAGCAGUUUGCAUUAAUACAUGUAUAAAAAUAAACCAUCCGUUUUGAGAAGUUGUGUAUAAAUCAAACAAACACAAUGGGAAAAUAAUUGUUUUGAAAGCAAGGUCAUUUAUUUAAAGAAGUGGGAUUCUGACUGGGUUCUAGAUAGAGUAGUAAAUGAAGGUUGAGCUGGAAUAACGGUUGUAAGGGUUGAGAUAGCCUGUCUGCAGGCCUUAAUUUGAACUCCCUGGAGUGGGCUAUUGGUGCCAGGACACAAAGGUAUAGUAACAGAGAAAAGGUUGCCUCUGAACGUGUGCAGAGUUCUCUGUCACUGCUGAGAAUCCAUAAAUGUUGCCUCACUUUUUUACAAUUGUAUAAAAGGCCUCUAAGUUGAGUGAAGGCCUUCUGGAAAGGUUUGGGCCUUGGUACUUGGGGGGGGGAGUCUGUGCUGUAAUUAAUUAUUUUAAAAUUUAUGCUCAGUUUAUUUUAUUCCUCGUGUCAUUUGUUACAGAAUGUCUAUUGUCCCUGUUUUAUCUUGCAAGUUUUAAGUAAGAAUUGAGCUGAACUUUAAAAGGAAACAUGUUGGAUGUUGUAUCAGCUGAAUGGUGGUUGCAGGGAUUAAGAACAUAAGAAGAGUUGCUGGAUCAGGCCAAUGGCCCAUCUUUCCCAGCAUCCUGUUCUCACAGUGGCCAACCAAAUGCGUGGGAAACCUGGAAGCAGGAACUGAGUGAAACAGCACUCUCCACUCCUGUGAUUUCCAGCAACUGGCAAUCAGAGACAUAGUUUCUCUGACAGCAGAGGCAGAAGAUAGACAUUGUGGCUAGUAGCCACUGAUAGCCUUAUCCUCCCAUUAUUAUUUUCCGAUCUUCAUUCAAAGCCAUCCAGGUUAUUGACCAUCACUGCCUCCUGUAGGGUCAAGUUCCAUAGUUUAUAGUUUUGAGAGCCAGUGUGCUGUAGUGGUUAAGAGCGGUAGUCUCGUAAUCGCGUCUCCGCUCCUCCACAUGCAGCUGCUGGGUGACCUUGGGCCAGUCACACUUCUUUGAAGUCUCUCAGCCCCACUCACCUCACAGAGUGUUUGUUGUGGGGGAGGAAGGGAAAGGAAAAUGUUAGCCGCUUUGAGACUCCUUAAAGGGAGUGAAAGGCGGGAUAUCAAAUCCAUACUCUUCUUCUUCUUAUGCGCUACUAGGAGAAGGAUUUUCUUCUGUUUUUCCUGAAUCUUCCAACAUUCAGCUGACUUCAAAAGAGCAGGUUUUUUUAUUUUAAAAAUUGUAUUUAUUUUGAUAUUUAGGAGCUCACACUUAAUAAAUACUUAGCCCAAUGAAGCAUGGAGAGGUACAAAGCGGGAGAGUGACAAUGAUUGUGAGGAGGUAUCGGCCAUUUUCUGUUUUGUAAUCAAUUUAAUUUUUUUAAUUGUUUUUAAUUAGAUUUUGUAAUUAAUUUAAUUUGUAAUUAAUUAAUUUCUCUAAUCAUUGUCCGUUUCUGGCAGGAAAUGCCACCACAGCAGCUGAUUCGGAACUUUCACUUUGAGCUGUAUGCAAUUCUUAAAAUAGAAGAUUUGCAUUAACUGAAACAGGCUUCUCAGCACUUUCACCCUUAUCUCUUCCUUAAUUUUGUGGUUGUGUGUUUUCAAAUAUUUGCUAGCUUAUUUCACUUGGUGUGGAGAAAGAGGAAUCUGAUACAAGUGAGCUCACUUUACGGAGAUUUACAGCAGUAUAGGUCGGCUGCGACGGUAUUAUUUUAAAACAUUGCUUAUAAGGUUCCACUGCCUCUGCAAGAUAAAACAGAAGAGAUUUUUCAACUUCCCCACAAUUUAACUUGUUAAAUUUAAGUCUCAGGUUAGGAGAAUCCCACUUUCUAUUUUUGCGGGGGGGGGGGGGGAUUUAUUAUCCAAGCCUGCAGUUCCCUGAAUUCACAACUACAUUUUAAUUUGAUUUCUUAGUAAGUCCUUAUGGAACCAAAUUCCGAAAACAGAAGAUAUGAAACGAGGAGAAAUGCAAGAGCAAAAGAACCGGUAGCCAAAUCUCGGAUUGACUGGCAGCGAACUAAGGGAAGAUGUAUAUUGUUUGAUAGCGAGGAAGAGAGUGAUGAAAUUACAUCAGCAUCAGAAAAAGAACUUGAAACCAGUUCAGAUGAUGAUUCAGAUGAGAGAGAGAAAGGUGAACCCAUACACGAUGAGGAUAAAGAUGAAACUUCGGUGAACGCAGGUGGCCUUCCAGAUGUUGAGACAGGUGGUGAUUGUGCAGCAGGAGAGGACGCAGAUGAAGAAAGCAUCAACCUUGGGAAACGCAAGAGGUCUCGGAGAACCGUACUGUAUGACAGCGACGAUAGUGACAAUAGCAACAUUGUUAGAAAAGUGAUUGCCAAACGCAGUUGCAUAAUCGAUGAGAACGACUUGUCCACUGAACACACAUCACCUGCAGAAAAAGAAGCAAAGAGAAAACAAGGCAGGCUAAUGAAACUGCAGGAAUUGCCCCAACGGCGAUCUACUCGAGCUUCCGGCCUCAGUGAAUGUCAUGAGGUACAUUUUUUAUUCAUUUGCAGAAUGUAUUGUUGUGCUUGCUGUUCUCGUGCAGAUUUGGUGCUCAUGAGAACUUUCAUUGGAAAAUGCUAAAAGUAAAAAGGAACUGCUGCUACUUAUUGCAGGAACUCAUACAGUAUACUACUAGGCCCAGUCCCUGAACCAGAAAUAAUCUUGACUUGGCUCUGGUAUUGUUAUGGCAACAACUUUACUGAAAACAGGAAGGUGACUGCCUUGCAUUUUGGCUUCUCUCUACUUCCCAAGCUAGGACAAGUUAUCUGAAAUUGUACAGGCACCUUUUUACAUCAAGGCAGUGAUGCCAGUUCAAUUGUUGAGAGUAGCCAUGGUCUAUUACCCUACCUUGGGUGGUAAUGGGUGUUUGGGAGUGGUUUGCCAGUGCAUGAAGCAUGUGUUGUGUUGAGCUCUUUCAAUUAAUUUUGUUUGAUUUGCUCAAUGCAGAAAGCUGAAAGUCUGUAAAUUUUGUUAAUAAGACUGAUUUGAAAUGAGGGUUGAAUAAUUUCGACUGCAAAUAUAUGAAAUGAUCUGGACCCUGCACUCAUCCUCUGAUGCCCUUCUUCGUGUGCCUCCUCUGCAAGAGGUCGGGAAGGUGGCAACAUGAGAACCAGCCUUUUUUGCACUGGCUUACCGUUUGUGGAAUGCUCUCACCAGGGAGGCUUGCCUCACUCCUUCAUUACGUAUCUUGAGGCGCUGGGUGAAAAUGUUCCUCUUCUCCCAAGCCUUUGGCUGAUUAAACAAUUGUGGCCUUUUAAACUGGGGUUGGGGGUAUUUUUUUUGUUUGUUAUUAUGUUAUAUAAUUUUGUGUGUUUAUAUUCUAAACUGCCCUGUGAUCCUUGAAUGAUGGGCAAUAUGGAAAGUUAGUUAUUAAUAAUAAUAUGUUAUGGUAACACAAAUGAAUUUAAAUAAAGGAUUCAAAUAAGCCUCUGCUUCUUAAUGUCACUAGGGUUCUGAAGAGGAUGUGAUAAUAGAAGAUGAUUCUUCCCAUUCAUCUCUCACACCUGCUGAAAUCAGUGAUGCAUCUGAGGUUGACAGCAUGAAAGAUUUCAUAGUUGAGGAGGAGGAGGAGGAGUUGGAACAAGAAAACUCUGAGGAAGACAAGAGCCAGUCACAAAAGAAAAAGCAAGCUAUGUCAGGCACAUUGCUGCAGAAGUGCUUUCCAUACUGUAAGGUUAAAAUAAAAAUCCUGUAAACAUCAUUUAUGUAGUGUCACAAUACAAUAUUUAUUAGAGCCCCACCAAACAUUAUUUUUUCCAUGUAGGUAACUCAUGUAAAUCAUCAGUCUGACAACCAUACUGAUAUUUUUAUUUCUUACAGUGGCCCAUGUUGAUCAUUUUGUCCAUUUCCAAAGAGUUGUAAAGGCGUUUCUCAUCAAUGCAGUUGACAAUAACUUUUUGAUGUCAUUAUAUGGUAAGCAAAUGUGGAUUUUCUUAAUCAAAAGGCUUUUUAAUCACCUUUUAAAAUUAUUAUUGAAGCAAAUAAGUGUGUUACUAUACGUAGCUUUGUGAGACUAACCAAGCAUAUGAUAAUUUGAUUUCCUUCUCUUUCCAACAGAGGGGAGAAGACAAAAGAAGUAUGCAAAAGAAAUGUUGACUUCCCUUCGCUUCUUCGACAAUGAUUUUGUUCGACCUCGUGUUGACAAUUUAGUGGCGAGAAGUCGCUGGACAGAAAAAUAUACGGUAUUGGGGUAUUGUUCAAUGUUCUUAUAAAUGACUCUGGUGAGGUGGUGCCUUUCAGAUGUGCAGAUGGCUUGAAGCUGAUAGGGAUAGCUAACACCAUGUUAUAGAAGAUAGCAUCAAAGUGAUACUGACAGGCUGGAACAUUGGACUGAAAACUGAUGGGAAUUGGAAGAGGAUGUAUUAAUUAUAUCUACUUCUCUAUAGAGCCAUGUAUGUGGGUUAACAAACAAACAAAGGAAUAUGACUGCAAACCUGUAUUCAAAGUGCAGGGCUUAGCAGACUCUCCGAUGGGGAAAACCACUGAGCCUAGGGCUUGCCAAUCGGAAGGUCGGCUGUUCGAAUCCCCGCAACGGGGUGAGCUCCCGUUGCUUGGUCCUAGCUGUUGCCAACCUAGCAGUUCAAAAGCACGUCAAGUGCAAGUAGAUAAAUAAGUACUGCUCCGGCGGGAAGGUAAGCGGCGUUUCCGUGUGCUGCUCUGGUUUGCCAGAAGCGGCUUAGUCAUGCUGGCCACAUGACCCGGAAGCUGUACGCCGGCUCCCUCGGCCAAUAAAGCGAGACGAGCGCCGCAACCCCAGAGUCGGCCACGACUGGAGCUAAUGGUCAGGGGUACCUUUACCUUUAAACCUUUUCUUUAUCCUGUGUCAGCUGUGUGCAGCAGCAGACUUCCUUCCGCCCGUCUGUGCAGUUAAUAGACAACACACUGAAAUAAGUUUGUAAUUUUUUUACUUACAGAUUUAAGGUAUCAGUUAUGCAUUGUACUAUGUGGCAACAAUGGAAAUUGCAGACAAAAAUAUUAUUGGGUAGAACUAGAACAAUGUUGCUAUUGCGAGGCACAUCCUCCUUCCAUGGCUCACAUUGUGAAGGAAGAGAAUGAGGAAAGGAAGAGAAGGAACACGUCACUUCCUCGCAGGGGGUGAGGGGGCAAUGACCUAACUGAGCCUACUCUAGAAAUUAAGAGCUCUGUGGUCCUUAACCAAGCAGUUGAAAUUAAACAGAUAAAUAUAUGAAUGUUUAGUAUUGUUGAAUUGCAAUAGUUGAUUCUGUGGAACAAGUGACCAGCAAAAUUUCCAACCGGAUAUCUUUUUUCCAGAAACGGGUGGAUAGUUAUCCUGACAUCCGCAUAGUUGAGGGAAUUGGAGAGCACCGUUCCUGUCAGGCCUGUGAACUGCAGAGGCACUGUAGGUUCACAGUGAUUCUGUCAGGGAAAUCAUACGAUCGUGAGAAAAUGCAAGUAGAUGACUUCAUGUCACAUGACAAGCAGGUAAAUUUUGUUCCCAGGCUACAAAACUGCUAAGAACCAAAAAGUUAAAAUGCAUUGCAUAUUUUUUUUUGUGAGAUGUUGAUGUUAAUAUCUUUUAGCCUCAUGCUUCUUUUUAGUCUACUUUUGGGUAAUGGGUUUUUGGCAGUGGUUUCAAAGAUUUCUGUUGCUUGUAUUAGUGGCUAAGUAUAUAAUACUUGAAAAUCCCAGAUGGCUAUGAGAAAUUUCCUCUAUAGUGCUUGUUUAUGAACAAGCUGAUCAUUAUGAUAUCCUUAAAACUACAUUCUAUCAAGAAGUAUAUAGCAAGCUUUACUAAGAAUAAUUGAUGUCUAUAUGCUAAUUAAUAUACUUGCAAAUAAUAAUCCUGACAUAAAUUUUUGGGUAAUUUUAUUUUUUUUAAAUUAGAUUCAUCUUCUCUGUGUGUAUAUCUAGAUCUAGAUAUAUAGUGUCAACAAGAUAGUUCAGGUGGUUAGAUCAUGGCGCUGAUAAUGCCAAGGCUGCAGGUUUGAUCCCUAUAUGGGGCAGUUGUAUAUCCUUGCAUUGCAGGGGGUUGGAUGAGAUGAUCCUCAGGGUCUGAGUUCCAACUCUACAGUUCUAUCUGUUAGAGAGACCAAGGCUUAUGGUAUAACAGUAACUUGUAUACUUGGCAUAUUAUUUAUCUGUGAAAAAUUAUCCCUAAACCUUGAUCUUCAGAAUUCCCUAUAAAUUGACAGUGCUUGGGUUGGUUUGACUAUAUGUGUAAACUGAUCAAUGGUUUAUCUGUCUUCAUAUAUAAACCAAGUAGAUAGUCUUAGAUAGUUGUACAAGCAUGGGAACUGAAUUGGUGCACUCCAGAGGCUUUGAUUUUGCAAUGUGAGAAUUAUAUACUUCCAAGAGUAUUCGGUCAAACUCCAGUGGUGUGUUGACAACAUCUGUUGUACAUAUGUGCAGUUUUAACUGGGCUAGUGUACCUGUGGGGCUCCUAAUUUCAUAUUCCCUAACUUUCUCAAGCAGAGUGACUCUUUAGAUUUACACUGGUGUGACUGUUCUACUGUAUAAACCUAGGCUUUGCAGUGUUUAUGUUCUAUAACCAGGGUUUUUUUUAAAAAAAAUAUAUUCCCUUGCAAUUCAGCUAGUGUUGAACAGGGUAUGCUUUGUGAAUUACAGGUAAUAAGUGCAUACCAACAAAGAUUUAAUCCUUUUAAUUUAUUAUUUCAAACAUUUCGCAGCCCCAGUGGCACUGGUAUUAGAACUGAUUAAAGCAAGUGAUCACCUCUGUGCCUUCCUGAAUUGACAUUCUUAGGGUAGCAGUGGGGAAAAAGGUUCGGUUUUCAUUUAUGCCAGUGAUGCCUUUGGAAAAGUGGCGAGUGUGGAAGUUAGAUUCAGUUAGAUAUCAAUAAAUGUCCUGCUCAGGUUUUGUCAUACCUUACUUGUUUAAUUGAUGAGACUAUUGCAUUGCCCAUUAUUGCCCAAGACCUGCCCAGUAAAAGAGCUUUCCUUUUAAUAAUACAGGCGUUGCAGAUUGGCAUUGUGUGUAGAAACCGUACUGAAGUUUAUCACAACCUGAAACAUUUUAAAUACAAGCUGUAUCAGAAUUGCUGCUCUCUAAUGACAAGCAAUGAAUUCCAGGAUGCACCAGUCAAAGAUACAGUGUACAGAGUUUUCACACAGCUGAAUAAUGAAGGCUGGAUUGAACAGGUACAGUAGAACUGAUUGUACAUAAAUUCUAUUGCUUUGAAAGCAGGGGAAAUUAAUAAUCAGUACAGCACUUAGUAUUUUGUGGACAGAACUGUAGGCCAUUCAGGUGUGGAGGGUGAAGAAAGUAAGAGGGUAAAUUUAAGUGCUCAUAAAGUGCAGUUUCAGGAAAAGUUGACUGAAAGUAGCUCCUGCUUUGAAAUUAGUCCAGCUGUACCUCCUAUAAUGAUUAAUGUGAUCAUAUUUCUGCAGGGAAUAUAUUUACCAACAUAAUAAUUACCCAAUGCCAUGAUCCUAGAAAGCAAGCCCUGUUUUUAAACCAAUGAGAUUUUGUUUAAAAGACUACAGAAGAUUCUGGACUUGUUUCCAAUAUUGUUAGUGUGUCAUUUUGUGAUUAGGCAGUGAACAAAAGGAUAAAAUGAGAGAGGGAGCCUUGCAUAGAGGUUGCUGCAUCCUCUCUGAUCCUGGCAACUGUGCCACUUUGUUCAGACUCCUUGCUAGGCUUUAUUUAACCUGCUAAAAGUAUGCCAUCCUGCUGCUUUCACUACUUCAGCAAAUUUAAAGACUAGAGUACAGCAGUUUGCUUUUUUAAAUGCUUUCUAUAGCAGACAGCUUUAUAGUAUUAAAAGAAAAAAAUUCCUAGGGGUCAAGAUUACUCCUUUCUGGGAGAAUUUUAAGACCAGCUGUAGCAGGUAUUGCAAAAGGUAUAUUUAGAUCAAUAUAGGCAGGUGUGGUAUUUGUCUUGCAUGAGGCUCAUCAAUAAAGUUUCCAAGAGAGCAUGACUUACAUCCCUUUCACACUUGUAUACAAGGCAUAAUUUUGACAGGUGCAAUCUUGUGUGAUGGAAAGAAGAUGUUACUAUCAAAAUUGUGCACUGUGCUGCUGUUAAAGCGAGGAAUUCAUUAGUGAUCUGAAACCAAUAUACUGAAACCAGUAUAGAAGCUAGGUUGUUGACUGGGACAUCCCACUGCCAACAUGCAGUAUAAGGUUUCUGCUGAGGGAGCUGCACUGGCUGCCAAUAGGCUACCACAGGCAUAGGCAAACUCGGCCCUUCAGAUGUUUUUUGGGACUACAAGUCCCAUCAUCCCUUGCUAACAGUACCAGUUGUCAGGGAUGAUGGGAAUUGUAGUCCCAAAACAUCUGGAGGGCUGAGUAUACCUAUGCCUGGGCUACCAGGUGCAAUUCAAGGAUUUGCUUUUAGUAUUUCAACAUUUUGGGACCAGGUUACCUAAGGGAACACCUUGCCACAUCCAUCCCUGCCGAGAAACUGCGCUCCUCAGUUGGGGCACUACUAAGAGAAGUACCUAGCAUUUUGACAUUUUGGUGGCUUUUGAAAUACAUAUUUGUUCUAAGAAGGCUUUCCCUGAAGGGUGGCCCAAUCAUUGUGUGGAAUAAUAAUUCUACAACUGUAUAAAUGGUUUUGCUGCGUUUAGUUUACUGGGUUUCUAAUCUUUUUUUAUUACUGCACAUUGCUUCAGUAACUUUUUAAUUGGUUUAUAAGUGUGCAAAUGAAAUUUAAAAGGAACAUAAAAAGUUCCACCUUUAAUUUAGGUCUGCUAAAAUGAUACUUUGUUUUCUUUCGUUUGAAGCAAUAUUCUGAACUUCAGAAGUACAUGGUACGUGCUGAAAACUUCCAAGACGAAAAAAAAGACUUGAUGUCAUCAUUUUUUUAAAAAGGCAUCUACUUACAAAUGUGCUUUCCCUUGACUGGUGAUAGUAUUUGAAUAUCAUGCUGCGUUCCAGCUGUUUUUCUUUUUACUGCAAGACAAUCAAUGUGCCUGUAUGUUGUUAUGGAUACUAAUAAGUUAAUGUGUAUUUCUUUUUCAUAGUUCAUUUUAAUUAUCAAAAUAAUCAUCUAAGGACAUUUUUAUAGUGGAAGUCAUCUCUUCUGUGUUCUUGAACACCAGGCAGCUCAGCUUAAUGAUCUAAAAUGAAAAACAGUCUCUGAAUAACCCGGGUGUUCAUUCAGGAAAUGAAAUUUUAUGCGCAGUGAUGCCCAGGUGAAUUGUGCCAGUGUAUGAAAAAUGCUUGGCUUCAAUUCUUUUUGAAAGAGGAAAGGUCCACAUGGUGAGAAGCCCAAAGGCUGUAAUAUGCAUACUGCUUUCCCAGCACAGUGUUUAAAACCAGCUGUAAACCAGGUACAUUCCCACCCCCCAGGACACAGGGCAGUAACAAAUUAGCUCUCUAAAACCAACAGGCCAUCAUUGUUUAUGCAUCCUAGAGACCCAGAAUUCAUGGACUUGCAUUUAGCUGGCUGAGCGGUAAAAGAAAUAAAUAUCUUUACACUGCUAGCAAUAUCCGUUUUCCAUUUCUGUAGCAUUUGGAAGGGAAGAUGCUUUACAAGACUGAUAUGCAGAGGCUUCUGCUCAUUCUGUAUGACGUAAUACCCAGUUGGGUCUGUUUCCAUUUUCGAGUCAGGGAAUUUGAUGAAUGCUCAGUUCAUCAGCUUGACACUGACUGUUCGGUAGCAGCUUCAGUUAGACUAUUGGCAAGUGGGGUCUGCAAAACAGUCUUAAAGUGUGCAGUGAUCGUGCUCAGGGUUCCAGCAAUGCCCUUUUCCAGGAUUCACAUGCAUAUACUAUUUUCUGGGCUCCCCCACUCCAACAGCCAACUAGUAUUUUAUAGCUACUGAGCAUGCAUAGUCCUCAUUGGGCUGUUUCAGGUUUGUUUCGCUCACUUUAGUGUCUUCCCCACUGCCCUGUUCAUCUUUUUUUCUCCUCCUGAAAACCGCGGACCUUUCCCAAGCCUGCUGCACAAUGAUCCACACUUGGAAAAUGAAUUUGCUCUUAAGUGUAUAUGGGAUGAUGGCCCAGUGCAUACUUCAGAGGAGUUCAGAGUUCACUCAGAGCACCCUUCCUGUAUAUUAACUUGGAUAGGUGAGUUGGGCAGCCUUGAUAUAUAUGAAUUACAGAUCAGAGACACAUCCAGUUUUUGAUUGUGGGCAAUAUGAAGAGUAGGAAGCCUUUGGCCUCUAAUUCAGACAUACAGUAAGUUGGGGUCUUUAAUGAACAGGUGUGCUUUCUUCCUCUUCAGUAAGCUGAAUAGAUGGUGUUUCUGCUCUGUUCAUUUCCACUGUGUCACCUGUGUGAAAGGCUAUAGCUCAAUGGUAAUCUUCUUUUGCGUGCAAAACGUCCCAGGAUCAACCCCCAGCAUCUCGAGGUAGGUCUAGGAGGCCCCUGUCUGAAACCUUUGGGAGCUGCUGCUAGUCACUGUGUGCAGUACUGAGCUAGAUGGACCAAUGGCCUGACUUGAUUUGAGUCAACUUCCUGCGUCUAUUAAAAGUUUGGGCUUCAGAUGUGAAUGGAAGCAGUGAUAAUCCAGGAACAAACCUUCCUUUUGCUUGUGGGCUUCCUAGUGGCAUUAGUUUGGAAACAGAACAUUGGACUACCUGGAUCUUUAGUCUGAUCCUAUAAGGUGAUUCCUAUACUAUGUUCAUCAUCUACUCGCCAGGUGAGCCCCAAGUCACCCAAGUGCCACCACAGCUCUUAUCAGGUACAGCAGGGCAGCAGCAGUUAAGGGGGUAUGAAAGGCGAGGCUAAGGGACAGUGGGAAAAGCAAGUGCACAGACUCUCUGUGUGCAACUCCUUAAUGCGCUCAGGUUUAUUGCGACGAGUAAAGGUCUAAAGUUUGAGUGCAGUGUUAACAUUCUUAAGGCUCUGGUUUGCUUUAACAGCUCGGCUGUGCCUGCUGUGUUUGACAAAGGUGUUCAUAAGCCCCACCCAUGUUUGCACUUGGUAAAUAGAAGCAUAUUAAGUGUAAGGAAACGGAAAAGAUAUGAAUCAAGUUCUCUUCGCAUAAACGUGGGAGUUUUCGCACCUUAAGAGAGCAAGCCUUCCUCUGAUGCGAUCAAGUUUCUCCUAGCUUUUGAAUUACAGAGGAAAGCUCCCCUUAAUUCUUGUCAUGGUAUCUUUCUCUAUUCUGACACGCUACCUUUUCAAAAUCAACCAUAACUUAGGCUUUCACUCUACAUAAAGCUGUACAAUAAACUAUUCUUUCACUAUUUCCCAU